AUGAGGUUCGGUGAAUAUCUCCGUUCUUCCAUGAUCAAGGAAUACUAUCCUUACUACAUUGCCUAUGACGAGCUUAAGAAAGCUCUCAAGACUGAUUUUGUCGACGAGCCAACCUCCGAUAACACCAAGCCCGCCCGCAAAGAAUGGACAGAGGAGGAUGAGACACACUUCGUUUCCUUGCUCGAGAGCGAGUUAGAGAAGGUAUUCCUAUUCCAGAAGCGCAAGAGCGAAGAGAUUGUCGCCCGUAUUCAAGAAAGCGAGGUCGAAGUGAACGAUGUUGUCUCCCGCCUGGAGAACUCGGCCGAUUCCCGUCGCCAGAGUACUCGAAGCGCUCGCUCCGUGCCCACCGAUGCAGAUUUCUUGAUGCUUGAGCAGGUGCUCAGCGAUAUCAUUGCCGAUGUUCACGACCUGGCCAAAUUCACUCAAUUGAACUACACGGGCUUCCAGAAGAUCAUCAAGAAGCAUGACAAACAAACUCAUUGGUACCUCAAGCCAGUCUUCGCGACACGUCUGAAGGCUAAGCCUUUCUUCAAGGAUAAUUACGACGCUUUUGUGAUUAAACUAUCCAAGUUGUAUGACCUAGUCCGGACCAAGGGUAACCCGGUCAAAGGUGACGCCUCCGCCGGUGGCACCCAACAAAACUUUGUGCGUCAAACCACAAAAUAUUGGGUCCACCGGGAUAAUAUAACGGAAUUGAAGCUGGUGAUCUUGAAGCACUUGCCAGUGUUAGUCUUCAAUGCCAGCAAGGAAUUUGAAGAGAAGGACACGGCCAUCUCCUCCAUCUACUUUGACAACACCGACACCUGGGAACUGUAUCAGGGUCGCCUGAAGAAAACAGAGGGUGCUGAGGCAAUUCGACUGCGUUGGUAUGGUGGGAUGGAAAGUGACCAGAUCUUCGUGGAGCGAAAAACACACCGCGAGGACUGGACAGGAGAAAAGUCCGUCAAGGCGCGUUUUGUGCUCAAAGAAAAAAACGUGAACGCCUAUCUCAAUGGCCGCAUGACGGUUGAGCAGGUCUUCGACAAGAUGCGCAAGGAGGGUAAGAAGAGCCCGUCGGAGAUUGACGAUUUGGAGCAAUUAGCCCGCGAGAUUCAGUACCGCGUCAUUACUCGCCGCUUGGUGCCUGUCACCCGUACUUUCUACCACCGCACUGCCUUUCAACUGCCGGGUGAUGCUCGUGUUCGAAUCUCUCUUGACACGGAACUGACCAUGAUCAGAGAGGAUAACCUGGACGGCCGCCAACGGGCUGGAAACAACUGGCGUCGUAUGGAUAUCGGAGUCGACUACCCAUUUUCCCAGCUACCUCCCGAGGAUAUUGACCGGUUCCCCUAUGCUGUGCUGGAGGUGAAACUACAGACCCAGGCAGGCCAGGAACCUCCUCAGUGGAUUCGCGACUUGACUUCCAGUCACUUGGUUGAGGCAGUCCCGAAAUUCAGUAAAUUCAUCCACGGAACAGCGACCCUGUUCCCUACUCGCAUCAACCUUCUUCCAUUCUGGUUCCCGCAGAUGGGUGUAGACAUCCGCAAACCUGCCACCCGCCAAUUCGGUAUCCACAGACCGCCAGCGAGUACCUCGAUAUCCGCCAAUGAUGACGAUUCGGAUGAUGACGAAAGCCCGAGUCCGCAAGAAAGUGCACUAGACGGACAGCAUACAGAGCAUCAAAAUGGAUUGUUUGAAACCAAUGGCAACGAAUUGGAUAUCGAAGAACGCAUUGCCGCCCAGCCCCUGCCCGGCGACGAAGACUACCCCUUGUACGACUCGGACGACGAAUCGGUAUAUUCCGACGAACUCGAAGAAGCUCGUCGCAUAGGCGGUGCUUACUACGCGCAGCAGUUGGCCAAACACUACCUCUCUCGGGCUGGCCACGCUGUCGCACAUGGUCUUAUGGCGAUAAUCCCCCGGCCGCGUCCAACAUCCCUGCCUCCCCCGAACAGCGUGCGAUUCCAGGCUCCCCCGGGUAAACGCAUCUUCGUUCCCAUCCGCGUGGAACCAAAAGUCUACUUCGCCGCCGAGAGAACUUUCCUCUCCUGGUUAGAAUUCUCCAUCAUCCUCGGUGGAAUUGCCGCAACACUCUUAAACUUCGGCUCUGACUCAGCCACCCUCGUCUCAUCCUGGGCCUUCACCAUCCUCGCCGCCGGCGCCCUCGUCUACAGUCUCUUCCUGUACAUCUGGCGCGUCGACAAGAUCCGCAAGCGUCGCGACGUGAAGCGCGUCUACUACGAGCGCUGGGGUCCGACGGUUGUCAGCAUCGGUCUCGUCGUGAUCAUCUUGAUUAACUUUGCGCUGCGCGUGCGCGCUGGUGGGUUUAUGGCUGCGCCGGGGUCAGAGGGCGAGCCGAGACAUGGCAAGCAUGGCGAACUGUAA